UUUCUUAUUGGCUAGUUGUGGGAUUUCGAGAGCGCAAGUUCGCGUAGGACUUGGAAGGCCAAUCGUCCGGCCUGCAGCUGCUCGUGUGAUGAGGUUGUCCGUCGGAAUCUCUGGGGCGAACGCAAGAAGGGUAGUUUUUGCCGGCGAGGUAUGGGUCAGUGUAGAUCGAUUCUCAAACUUGGAACUUGGAAGGGGGAGAAAGAUGAGUUUGAUGUUGGAGUUGUAUGACUUUUUGGUUCCUCAACUUUGAGAUGUUAACGAUUGAAGUCCUCAAACUAGCAUUUAUUUAAUAUUUAUUCUUGUAGUAGUCCUUGUC